AUGGGUUUGUGGAAAGCUAGUCUCUUUCUAUUACUUCUCUCUGGGUUAGCGUCAGUUCUCGCUCAGAAUUCAAACACCUGUGAGACUAAGAAUGGAACCAACUGUGAUGAGUGCUUGAAGAACGUGUCGUGUCUAUGGUGUAUUCCAACCAAGUCAUGUGUAACAUACCCUGUCAAAACCAUCCUACCCCCCCACUCCCUCUGCCCGCUCAGUGAUGCCCGCUGGGGGCUUUGUACGGUGAAUUUCCAGAUCUUGAUCAUCACCUUAUCUGUGGCCGGAGGAAUUCUCAUCAUCGCUUUCUUCAUCUGUCUCUUCUGUUGCUGCAAGUGUGAAAACGCAGGGUCUGCUCGUUUUGAGAAUAAGAUGCAGCGGCAGGCAGAUAAGAGGAGAGUCAAACAGGAGGAGAGGAAAGCCGAAAUGAGGAAAAGACAUGAUGAAAUCAGGCAGAAAUACGGCUUGAGCAGGGCAAGUCCUUAUGCCAGGUUUGAGAACCCCAGUUAAAUAUCCUAAAAAUGACC